GCAGGGCCUGGGGGAGAGCUGGGACCCUGCUGGCUCCAGCCUGAGGACUUUGCCUGGCCUCUUUUCUCCGCUGUUGGUGCUCUUGCUCAGUGCUGCCAGGAUGUGUGGCAGUUUCCUGAGGCAGCUGUUGGCUGAAGACAGCAGGCAUUCCACUGCCGUGGGGCACCUCCUACUUCCCGUGCUCCUGGGAUUCCGUCUUGUGCUGCUGGCUGCCAGUGGGACGGGGAUCUAUGGUGAUGAGCAGAGUGAAUUUGUGUGUCACACUCAGCAGGCAGGCUGCAAGGCCGCCUGCUAUGAUGCCUUCCACCCCUUCUCCCCACUGCGCUUCUGGGCCUUUCAGGUCAUCUUGGUGGCUGUGCCCAGCACCCUCUACAUGGGUCUCAUUCUCUAUCAUGUGAUCUGGCGGUGGGAAGAAUCAGGGAAGGUGAAGGAGGAGACCCUGAUCCACCAGGGGGAGAAGAGCAGAGACGCCUCAGGGGCUGGAAGCCCCAGGCUGCUCUGGGCCUAUGUAGCACAGCUGGGGGUGCGGCUGGUCCUUGAGGGAGCAGCCUUGGGGUUGCAGUACCAUCUGUAUGGGUUCAAGAUACCUAGCUCCUUUGCAUGUCGUCGAGAACCUUGCCUUGGCAGUAUAACCUGUUACCUGUCCCGCCCCUUUGAGAAGACCAUCUUCCUAAAGACCAUGUUUGGGGUCAGUGGGCUCUGUCUCUUAUUUACUCUUGUGGAGCUUGUGCUCCUGGGCCUGGGGAAAUGGUGGAGGACCUGGAAGCACAAAUCUCCUUCUAACUACUCUUCAACUUCAGAGAGUACCAAAAAACACAAGGAUCCGACUGAUAACUUCCCAGCGGUGGAAGCCAAAGAGCAGUUCCAAGAAGCAGAGUUAUGAAGCUACCUGACUCACUUCUGAAGGGAACCCUAUGAUUGGAUCUUCUUCCGAACAUCCAGUGAGUGGGGAUUUACUUCUAUGACAAAUUAGAGGCUGUUGAAGCAUCUCUAAGGGCCAUAGUGGCGACGCUGCCUGAAGCAUUUCCCGGGACAACUCUCGCUUAUGCCUUCCUACCAGAACCUUCUGGUGUCAGCCGCACAAUUUUCACGGGCUUGGUUCCAGAGUCAGCCAGCAGAAGCCUCCAUAAAACUGUGCUUCUCCCCUGUCCUGCACAAUAAUACUGCUGCUUUUGGCAUUCCUGUUGCUGAAUACGAUUUCACUGUCAUGGUGACUCUACUUACCCUUCCUCUGUUGUUCCAUGUUCUCUGCUCCCCCCAACUUCAAAGGCCUGUAACCUAUGGAUGUCGCCAGCCCCACAGCAUUUGUCAUAUUCAGAUUGGCCUUCUGCACAUAUAUAACCCAAUGUCCUUGAACAUUCAGAUUUAAUUUAUCCAAACACUCAGCCAUAUCCCUUAGGCAGAUUACUGUGAACUCAGAGGCUUAUGUCGACUUGAGGCCACUGCCAGCUCGGACUUUUGCUCAAUACUUGUUCUCCACUGGACAGAAACUAUCCUCUUGUCUCCAGACCAGCAGCAACUCACAUCCAGAGCCAAAUUUCUACUUUUUAAACUCAUAUCCCUCAUUUCACCCAGAAAAGAUGGUAGAGUUUUGCUGCUGAUUCGGGGUAAAAGGAAGGGAGGUUUAUAUCACAGUGUGAUUUAGCAGAUAAUUUAAAACUAAAUAUCAAGCUUCUCUUUUCUUGAGCCUCUCCAUCCCAUCUGUCUGAGGGUGUUCCAGCCUCUUACCUUCCUGUAGAAACAUCUUCCCCCUCAGAUCUCCCUUGCUCUCAAAUUCUCAAUGACCUGGUUUUGUUUUCUCCUUCUGAACCCAAAAUCAUCCCUGGGCAAAUCAGGAAGGCUCAUUCCUAAGGAAAUACAUUUGGUCCCCCCAAAAAUCAAUAACUAGAAAAUAAUUUUUCUUUCUGCUAUGCAAGUAUUUUAUAAAGAAUCCCUCAUCUACUGUAACCAGAGUCCAGCCAAGUAACCAAGGAUGGAAAAAAACAUGUCAUUUGGAAUUCCCCUGAUAACCUUUUAAAAUAGCUUUAUUAAGAUACAGUUUCAUAUGUCAUAUAAUCCAACCACUUAAAGUUUACAAUUCAAUGGCUUUUAGUGUAGUUACAGAGUUGUGCAUUUAUUAAUACAAUUUUAGGACUUUUUCAUCAACUUGAAAAGAAACCCUACAACUCUUAGUUUUUACCCCCAAACUUCCAUGCUCCUUCCCCCCAAAUAAGCAACCACUGAUAUACUUUCUCUCCAUAUGUAUAUUUAUUUCCUCUUGUAUACAGAUUUUCCUGUUCUGGACCUUUCCUAUAAAUGGAAUCAAUCAUAGAAUAUGUGGUCUUUGUGACUGGCUUCUUUCACUUAGCAUGCUUUUGAAGUGUAUCUGUGUUGUAGCACAUAUCAGUACUUCAUUCCUGUUUAUGGUUUAAUAUGAUUUCAUUGUAUGGCUUACCACACAUUUUGGUCCAUUUUUUGGUUGAUGGACAUCUGAACUGUUUCUACUUGUUGGCUAUUAUGAAUAAUGGUGCUAUGAACAUUCAUAUACUAGUUUUUGUGUGGAUAUACGUCUUCAACUCUCUUGGGUAAAUACCUAGGAGUGGAAUUGCUGGGGCAUAUGGUUACUCAUUUUAAGGAACUACAAAACUGUUAUCCAACAGCAGCUACACCAUUUACAUUCCCAGCAGCGAUGUAUAAAUGGGUUUCAAUUUAUCCACAUCCCCAUCAAUACUUGGUUAUCCUCUUCCUACCUUCUUCCUUUUUCUUUCCUUCCUUCUCUUUUUUUCCUUUCUUUUUAAAAAUUGUAGCCAUCUUAGUGGGGUGAAGUGUUAGCUCAUUGUGGUAUGGUUCACAUUUCCCUAAUGAUGUUAAAUAUCUUUUCAUGUACUUAUUGACUAUUGGUAUAUUUUCUUUAGAGAAAUGUCUACUCAGAUCUUUCGCCCAUUUUUUAAUUGGGUUGUUUGUAUGUUUGUUGUUGAGUUCUUUACAUAUUCUGGAUACUAGGUCCUUAACUAUGAUUCCCAAAUAUUUUCACCCAUUCAGUGGGUUGUCUUUCACUUCACUGAUCAUGUCCUUUGAUGCAAAAAUUUUUAAUUCUUUUAAAGAACUGAAUACAUUCUUGUUUUAUUAUUUUUAAAGAUUUUAUUUAUUCAUGAGAGACGAGAGAGAGAGAGAGAGAGAGAGAGAGAGAGAG